AUGUACCCUGCUGCGUUUCCUUCAGAGAAAAAGAAGGUAAUGUUUAUUAUUGGGCUUCUUACUGGGGAAGCUUUAGCUUGGGCCUCCCCUUAUAUAGAGCAAAACCGUGGCAUUCUAAAUAAUUUUGAUACCUUUUUGACCGCGAUGAAUCAGGUUUUUGAUGAUCCCAACCGUUGUGCUUCUGCCGAAGCAAAAUUACAUAGUCUAAGGCAGGGUAGACGCUCGGUCGCUGAAUACACAGCCGAGUUCAGAAGUUGGGUUGCAGAUACCACUUGGAACCCUGCAGCACAAAAGAGCCAGUUCCGCCAAGGGCUUUCUGAACAGGUUGAGCUUGCCAGAGGUGAUACUCCUAAUGAUCUUGAGGAAUUCAUCCAAUUGUGUAUCCGAAUCGCUCAAAGACUUACAGAAAGGAGAAAGGAGAAGCUGGGAAUACUUGAAAGUAAUAGGGGCAUGCAUCUCUCUGCUAGUCCGUUUGUUCAGCAGGAUUCAAGAGUCUCUCUGGGUUCUAACACUCCUGAGCCUAUGCAGGUUGAUGCAAUCAAGAGAUCCAUCUCCAUUCAGGAGAAAGAGAGAAGAACGUUCAGAGAAUUUAUGUCUUUAUUGUGGGGAUUCUGGUCAUUAUGCAAUUAA